CGUCGUGUUAGCUUCUAUUCCCCCCCACCCCCACCCCCCAAAUAUUCCAAAGCGAUAGACCAGGGUUCUCCGAAAGCGAAGUGAAAAGAUCUUCGUUGCAGUGGGUAAUUUGCAGACAUGGACACUUCUGGGAAAGUUAUCAAAUGUAGAGCAGCUGUGGCUUGGGAAAUCGGCAAACCACUUUCUAUUGAAGAGGUAGAAGUGGCUCCACCAAGGUCUCAUGAAGUUCGUGUUAAGAUAGUAGCCACCGGAAUAUGUGGGACAGAUGACCAUGUUUUGGAAGGUUCUUUCCCCAAAGUAGAGUAUCCUGUCAUUCCUGGCCAUGAAGGAGCCGGAAUAGUAGAAAGUGUUGGGCCAGGAGUGACAUGCGUGAAACCAGGAGACAAAGUUAUCCCUCUUUGUCUGCCCCAGUGUGGAGAAUGCAACUCAUGUUUAAAAUCAAACACCAAUUGUUGCCUGAAAACCCACAUUUCCGAGCCACAAAAUCUGAUGCCUGACAAAACCAGUAGAUUCAGCUGCAAAGGGAAGCAAAUUCAUCACUUCCUUUGGAUUAGCACUUUCUCUGAAUAUACAGUCAUGCCUGACUCCACCAUUGUUAAAAUUGAUGCUGCUGCACCUCUGGAUAAAGUCUGUCUUUUCGGCUGUGGAUUCUCUACUGGUUAUGGGGCUGCCCUCAAUACAGCCCAGGUUACACCUGGAUCUACCUGUGCUGUUUUUGGUUUGGGAGGAGUUGGUCUCUCUGUGAUCAUGGGGUGCAAAACAGCUGGAGCAUCUCGUAUCAUUGCGAUUGACAUUAACAGCGACAAAUUUGGAAAGGCAAAAGAACUGGGAGCUACAGAAUGUAUCAACCCUCAAGAUUACAAGAAACCCAUUCAAGAAGUAGUGCUGGAAAUGACUGGACAUGGUGUAGAUUAUUCCUUUGAGGUUGCUGGAUGUUUGGAGACACUGACAGCUGCUUUGGCCUCUUGUCACAUGGGCUGUGGGAUCUGUGUGGUGAUUGGGAUGCCCCCCCUAGGUGCAAAAUUUCCGUUGGAUCCUAUGCUGCUUCUCACAGGGCGCACCAUUAAAGGGAGUUUCAUUGGAGGCUGGAAGAUGAAAGAUUCAAUUCCUCAAUUGGUCUCCAGUUACAUGGAAGGGAAAUUUAAACCAGAUGUUCUGAUCAGCCACAUUUUACCAUUCAGUGAUAUUGGGAAAGGGUUUGACUUACUUCAUGCUGGAAAGAGCAUUCGUACUGUCUUGAUCCCAGAAAAUCAUUAUAAAUGCAACAAAUACCAGUUGGGUGACUUUGGGUCACUCACACAAACUCGGCCUGACUCAACUCACAGAGUUUUUGUGGGGAAUAUGGGAGGAGAAAAGACAGGGAUCUUGGAAUACAUGGCGACUGCUGGGAAGGUGAUUAAAUGUAAAGCUGCAGUCAUCUGGGAACCAGGCAAAGCAUUUUCGAUUGAAGAGGUAGAAGUAGCACCACCAAAGAGCCAUGAAAUUCGAGUGAAGAUGGUAGCCACUGGGAUCUGUCGGACUGAUGAUCAUGUAUGGAAAGGGUUUUUUCCAAAAAUAGACUACCCUGUUAUUGGGGGCCAUGAAGGAGCAGGCAUCGUUGAAAGUAUUGGACCAGAAGUCACUUGUGUAAAACCAGGUGACAAAGUCAUUCCUCUCUGUGUUCCUCAAUGUGGACAAUGUGACUGCUGCUUGAGUCCAAAAGCCAACUGCUGUCUCAAAUCCCACGUUUAUAAAGCUUUUCAAAGUCUGAUGCCAGAUGGAACCAGCAGGUUCACCUGCCGGGGGAAACAGAUUCAUCACUUCCUGUGGAUAAGCACCUUCUCCGAGUACACGGUGAUGCCUGAGACAUCUAUUGUAAGAAUUGACGAUGAUGCGCCUCUCGAUAAAGUUUGCCUCUUUGGCUGUGGCUUUUCUACUGGCUAUGGGGCUGCCAUCAAUUGUGCCAAGGUUGAGCCUGGUUCUUCCUGUGCCAUCUUUGGCUUAGGAGGUGUUGGUUUGUCUGUGAUCAUGGGUUGUAAAGCAGCUGGAGCAUCCAGGAUUAUUGGGAUUGACAUCAACAAGGAUAAAUUUAUGAAGGCCAAAGAAUUAGGAGCCACUGAGUGCAUCUGCCCCCAGGAUUUUGAGAAGCCGAUUCACGAGGUGCUUGUGCAGAAGACGGGUCUUGGUGUGGACUAUACAUUUGAAGUGAUUGGACGCAUUGACACAGAAGUCAGUGCCCUUGCAUCUUCCCACCUGGGCCAUGGGAUUUGUGUGCUGGUGGGGGCACCUCCCGCAAAAUCACAGCUCUCUUUUGACCCUGCUCUCCUGCUCACAGGAAGGAAACUAUUAGGCUGUCUGAUUGGAGGUUGGAAAUUAAAAGAUGCUCUCCCUAAACUUGUUUUGGAUUAUAUGAAACAUAAAUUUAAUACAGAUGCAUUAAUAUCUCAUGUAUUGCCUUUUGAGAAGAUCAGUGAAGGAUUUGAGCUUUUACUUUCUGGAAAAAGCAUUCGCUGCGUUUUGCUGUUUUAAAACUACAAAUUUAACUUAUCUCACAGUCUCUUUGGCAGUCUUGUAUAAUUUUAAUAGAAUCUCAGUUAAUCCUGUACAGCCAUUUAAUCUGUGCUGAAAACAUUUAUAAUCA